GGUCUGCCCCGUGUCCCCACGCCGCGCGGAGGUCGCGCAGGAUGCCGCGGAGGGGAGCGGAGGCGCCGCUGGCCCUGCUGCUGGCGGCGGCGUGGCUGGCGCAGCCCCUGCGCGGCGGCUACCACGGCGUGAACAUGUUCGCCGUGCAGACCGCCCAGCCCGACCCCUGCUACGACGAGCACGGGCUGCCCCGCCGCUGCAUCCCCGACUUCGUCAACUCGGCCUUCGGGAAGGAGGUGAAGGUGUCCAGCACCUGCGGGAAGCCGCCGUCGCGGUACUGCGUGGUGACGGAGAAGGGCGAGGAGCAGGUCCGCACCUGCCACCUCUGCAACGCCUCCGACCCCAAGCGCGCCCACCCGCCCUCCUUCCUCACCGACCUCAACAACCCGCACAACCUGACCUGCUGGCAGUCCGACAGCUACGUCCAGUACCCCCACAACGUCACCCUCACCCUGUCCCUCGGCAAGAAAUUCGAGGUGACCUACGUCAGCCUGCAGUUCUGCUCGCCGCGCCCCGAGUCCAUGGCCAUCCACAAGUCCAUGGACUACGGCAAGACCUGGGUGCCUUUCCAGUUCUACUCCACGCAGUGCCGCAAGAUGUACAACAAGCCGAGCCGCGCCGCCAUCACGAAGCAGAACGAGCAGGAGGCGGUGUGCACCGACUCGCACACCGACGUGCGGCCCCUCUCCGGCGGCCUCAUCGCCUUCAGCACCCUGGACGGCCGCCCCACCGCCCACGACUUCGACAACUCGCCCGUGCUGCAGGACUGGGUGACGGCCACCGACAUCAGGGUGACCUUCAGCCGCCUGCACACCUUCGGCGACGAGAGCGAGGACGACUCCGAGCUGGCCCGCGACUCCUACUUCUACGCCGUGUCCGACCUGCAGGUCGGCGGGCGCUGCAAGUGCAACGGGCACGCGUCGCGCUGCGUCCGGGACCGCGACGACAGCCUGGUGUGCGACUGCAAGCACAACACGGCCGGGCCCGAGUGCGACCGCUGCAAGCCCUUCCACUACGACCGGCCCUGGCAGCGAGCGACGGCCCGGGAGGCCAACGAGUGCGUGGCCUGCAACUGCAACCUGCACGCGCGGCGCUGCCGCUUCAACAUGGAGCUGUUCAAGCUGUCGGGGCGCAAGAGCGGCGGCGUGUGCCUCAACUGCCGGCACAACACGGCGGGCAGGCACUGCCACUACUGCAAGGAGGGCUUCUACCGCGACCUCAGCAAGCCCAUCUCCCACCGCAAGGCCUGCAAAGAGUGUGACUGUCACCCCGUGGGCGCCGCCGGCCAGACCUGCAACCAGACCACGGGCCAGUGUCCCUGCAAGGACGGCGUCACCGGCAUCACCUGCAACCGCUGCGCCAAGGGCUACCAGCAGAGCCGCUCCCCCAUCGCCCCCUGCAUAAAGAUCCCGGCUGCCCCACCCACCACAGCCGCCAGCAGCGCCGAGGAGCCCGCAGAUUGUGACUCGUACUGCAAAGCCUCCAAGGGGAAGCUGAAGAUCAACAUGAAGAAGUACUGUAAGAAGGACUAUGCUGUCCAGAUCCACAUCCUGAAAGCAGAAAAGAACGCGGACUGGUGGAAGUUCACGGUGAACAUCAUCUCCGUCUACAAACAAGGCAGCAACCGCAUCCGGCGCGGAGACCAGACCCUGUGGAUCCACUCCAAGGACAUCGCCUGCAAGUGCCCCAAAAUCAAGCCCAUGAAGAAGUAUUUGCUGCUGGGCAACAACGAGGACUCUCCCGACCAGAGCGGCAUCAUUGCGGACAAAAGCAGCCUGGUGAUCCAGUGGCGGGACACGUGGGCCCGGCGGCUGCGGAAGUUCCAGCAGCGCGAGAAGAAGGGCAAGUGUAAGAAAGCCUAAAGGAGGAGAGAGGCAGAGACUGACUGUGCAUGCUGCUUUGUGUAGAGCUGGGGCGGGCAGGGACCGGCUGCCAGGGCGGGCUGGGGGAACGGGGGGCAGCGACCACGGCUGGGGGGUGCUGGGCUUGCACCUCGUAUUCCAGGGAAGACAAAACCCAACAGGACCCAACAGAACCCAACAGGACUCAACAGGACCCAACAGGACCCAACAGGACUCAACAGGACCCAACAGGACCCAACAAAACCCAACAGAACCCAACGGGACCCAAUAGGACCCAACAGGACACAAUAAAACCCAACAGAACCCAACAGAACCCAACAGGAUCCAACAGGACCCAACAGGAUCCAAUAAAACCUAACAGGACCCAACAGAACCCAACAGGAUCCAACAGGACCCAACAGGAUCCAAUAAAACCUAACAGGACCCAACAGAACCCAAGAGGACCCAACCAAAAUCCAAGAGAAUUGAAGAGGACCCAACAAAAACCUGACUGCACACACAGAGACACCCACGAGCGGGGUGCGGGCGUGCAGCACCCGGGGCCCCCCAGCUCCCUCCUGCCCCGUUGCUGAAGAACUCAGAGACACCAAACUGCCUUCCAGCUGCCAACAUCUGCUGCCUCCAAAGCAAGGCAUGGGCACAUCCACCCUGUAAGAAACUAAUCAACAGCACCGCUGGAAAUUAACCCCCAUCCCCAAAACACGUAUCUGCAACUUAGGCUGACUGAGACAGUUCUUGUAGAGGAAACUAAACCGAGACUUUUGCUGAGGACAGAGCCGAGGGUCGGCGGACGGGGUCUUGGAGGGCUUUGGUAUCCGACAGCCGUGGCCACCAGCCGGUGGUGCCCGGGGCGGCCGAGGCCUCCAGCCGUGAUGGUGCUCAGGGUCCACUUCAGGCACAGCCAAGAGGGGAUAAUGGUGGUGGGUGACUUCCUGCUGUGCAGAACUCUGGGAAUGGCUCCGUGCUCAGCCCCUGACCCUGAGGGUGCUGCCCCCACCACACGGAAGGAGUGUGAGCCCUCAGGGUGCCCUGUCCCCCUCCAGCCACCCAUUUACAGGCAAGGAGUCAAUAACCAGGAUCCCCAAGGAAACACCGGACCUGACAGAAAAUGAGCUGGCAUCCAGUUCCCAUGAAGUGCCCUGGAAGAUCCUGCCAGUCUCAGUCCCUGAAUCUCCACUGUGGCCAGCCCUGAACCCCCUCCAUGGGCUUAGUCCCCUCUGCUGCUGCAGCACCCCAGGAACCCUCUGGUGGUGGGAAAUCCCUGCAGGUGAC